AUGACGAAACCUCCAUCACCAAAUCAUCUCCGUCAAUUCCUUCAUCUCCCAACUUUCAUCAAUUCACCUCCCCAACUAGGUUGGCCUGCUAAUGGGGUUGAUCCAUAUGGCCAGUCCUGGAAAGGCAUUACUUGUUCAGACACUCGUGUAACUCAGAUCAACUUAUCCAAUCUUGCUCUAACCGGAACAUUGCCUUACGGAUUAGACCGUCUCACGUCUCUCACCAAUCUAGACAUGAGUAACAACAAUCUUGUUGGAACCAUACCAUACCAACUUCCUCCUAAUCUCCAACGUUUAAAUUUUGCUCAUAAUAACUUAACCGGGACACUCCCUUACUCUAUUUCUAACCUCACCUCUCUUACUCACCUGAAUCUCAAUCACAAUCAGCUCCAGCAACCACUCAAUCUCAACUUUCUUAAUCUUUCUACCCUCUCCAAAUUAGACCUCUCUUUCAAUUCUUUGACAGGCGACCUCCCUCCAACUAUGAGCUCACUUUCAGGCAUUACCACCAUGUAUCUGCAAAACAACCAGUUUACAGGCACUAUUGACAUUCUUGCUAAUCUGACCCUCAAUAGUUUGAAUGUAGAAAACAAUAAUUUCACAGGUUGGAUUCUGGAGCGGUUGAAAAACAUAGACGACCUUCAGACGGGUGGUAAUGCGUGGAGCUCAGGACCUGCACCACCCCCUCCUCCUGGGACGCCUCCAAUACCUAAAAGCAAACCCAAUCCGCUGUCAACUCACUCCAAUCCGUUGUUUAACAAUUUCAGAUCGCCACUGCAUCUCCAGCCGUGUGAACCUCCGUCUCACCACCGGCAACCAACGACUAGCUCCUCUUUGUUUUCCUUCACAUUUUCCGUUCAGCAACAACACUUCCUCUCUCCGACCUCACUUCCGUGA